AAUCAUCCACGAAAACAAAUAAGAAUCUUUUUUUUUCCUCCUUAAUCCCCCUCUUAUUUUUAAUUAUUAUUUUCCCGGAAAAUUUCUAACUUUCCAUGAUUGUUCUGGUUCUAUGAUGCUCCCUCACUUCGCCCUUAUAUAAUACUUUCCCUUUCACUCCUACGCCAAAUAAAUUCACACCCAUCUUUCUUCUUCGCCCAAAGUUUCCACCUUUGCAAUCAAUUCACCCUUCUUCUAACGUUUCUUCACCCAUGGCCACUUGUGUUGAUUCUUCAGCCCCACUUUCCCGGAAGCCAAACGGGUCCCAACCCGAUGAUCAUUCUUUCAACUACGUUCAAUUUUGCUGUCCCAGUUUCUCUGAUCGUGUUACCUCCGCGCCCAUUUGCAAGAACCGUGACAAGGCCUUGCACACGCAUGCUGUUGUGGAGGAAUUGGAGAAUGAUGAUGUUGAGGGUGAGGUUGAGGUUGAUCUGUGGCAGAAGAUGCAAGAGGAGGCAAGGUUAGAUGUAGAUCAGGAACCGAUUUUGUCUAGCUACUAUUUCAGUUCUAUUUGCUCUCAUAAAUCAUUGGAAAGUGCUUUGGCCAAUCAACUCUCUGUCAAUUUGAGCAGUUUCAGCCUUUCUAGCAGUACCCUUUUUGAUCUUUUUAAGGGAAUUUUAGUGGAUGAUCAAGAUAUUAUGGCUGCUGUUAAGGAUGAUCUCAGAGCAGUGAAAAAGAGAGACCCUGCUUGCAUAAGUUAUGUGCAUUGUUUCUUGAAUUUUAAAGGUUUUCUGGCAUGCCAAACUCAUAGGGUGGCUCACAAAUUAUGGUUACAGGGGAGGAAGGUUUUGGCAGUGUUAAUUCAGAAUAGAGCUUCUGAAGUUUUUGCUGUGGAUAUCCAUCCAGGAGCUAAGAUUGGACGUGGGAUUUUGCUUGAUCAUGCAACUGGGCUUGUGGUGGGAGAGACUGCAGUGAUUGGGAACAAUGUGUCCAUUUUGCAUAAUGUGACAUUGGGAGGAACUGGUAAGGCCUCUGGGGAUAGACACCCAAAAAUUGGUGAUGGGGUGCUAAUAGGUGCAGGAACUUGUAUUUUGGGUAAUAUUAAGAUUGGUGAUGGGGCUAAGAUUGGUGCUGGUUCAGUAGUGUUGAAAGAAGUGCCACCAAGGACUACUGCUGUUGGAAACCCAGCUAGGUUGCUAGGAGGAAAGGAUAAUCCAAUCAAACUGGAUAAGAUGCCUAGCUUUACCAUGGAUCAUACUUCAUAUAUUUCUGAGUGGUCUGAUUAUGUUAUCUAGAGUUUAGUUCUCUAACAUGUUUUAAAAACUUGGAUUUAGAUAGGGAGUUCUUAUUUGUUAUACUAGAGAGAAUCCAAGUUCUCCUGUUAGCAAAUGAGUGCUAUUUUAGCUGUUGUAUUAGACAGGCAAAAACAACUGCAUGUAGCCGUUUAUGCAUUUGUUGUUGUAAGGUACUAGAACCACCCCUUAUAUAGUAUAUGAGUUUGGCUUGUUUUGCUUACGUUUCCUUUCUCAU